AAUGUUUCAUAAAAACAUUCUGGUUUCUAACAGGUGCAGUAAAACAUUCUGCAUCUGCAGCAGGUUUUAAUUCCAGAUUUGGAUCAGAAACGUCCCGGAUGUUAAUCGAUCAGUCUCAUUUCCGCUGAUCGGCCCCCCCGACACCAAACCGGGCUCGGUUCCGGUUCAGUUACCGUUACGGUGUGAUAAUCUGGUUGCCUUGACAACGGGCCUGAACCCAUCCUCAAAGCGUUUCUGCAGGUAAACUUUGUGCAGAGAAUCUGCAGCAGGAAGCCGGUUCUGGUUCCGGUUCUGUGGCCGCAGCAGCAGGUCGGGCCGAGCCAGUGGAGCAGAUAACAGCCGGUUACAGAUUAACAGAAAUGAUCCGAGCUCUGCAGGAACAGCUGCGGCUCUCAGAUGUUUGUUUCAGACUCAGAGAUGGGAAGAACCGAACUGACGUCCUGCCUGCUGGUUCUGGUUCUGGUUCUGGUCGGAGCCGCGGCGGCCCAGACAGGCCAGGCCAGCCCGUCGCAGCGGCUGCUGCCCCAGUGGCUGACGGGGAUCGUCGCCGUCUGCGGCUUCCUCAUCCUCACCUUCAUCGCUGCGCUGGUGAAGAAGGUCUGGUGCGAGUCCAGCAGCAGAAACAGUCUCGUCGACGCCACCUUCGCUGAGACCAACCCGUAUGAGACCCACCUGGACGGCCUGAGGCCGAGGAGCAGCCUGGAGUCGGAGAAGGGGAAGUACGAGACGCGGCUGGACCUGGCCAGGUCCAGAGACGGCAGCAACGUCUACGACAACGUCAUCGCCGCCGAGGAGAAAUCUACGGCCAUGUGAGCGGCCGGCAGGCGUCCCGUUGGCUCAGAGUUCAAUCACGUGACCCAAGAGACCAGUAACCCAUAGCAACCAGAUCCCUGUUCCUUCCUGUCCAGAUCAAUCAGUUAUCCGAGCUGUUAAUGAUUCAGUGAAAACAUGAUGAACGUUUGUAAUAAACUCUGAUCCGAC